AUGUCUGUUACAGCUUCUUUCCUUCCAAUCACCGCUACCAUCACUACCACCACUACCAUAACCAACACUAUUGCAACUACAAGCGACAUCACUGCCACCACCACAACGACAAAUUCAUCAUCUUCUUUCUCAUCUUCUUCUGGGUUAUCUUAUUGUGCCAUUGCCAAUACCUCUCUCAUUCCGCUCACUGUCAAUAUCCUUCGAGAACAAGAACAAGAAGGAAUUCAAUGUCCUUUUGGGUUCUUUAAACGAUUGGUGAUCAAAAACUCCAACACGUUGAGCUUUGAAUGUGUGAGUGUGAUGGACAUGUUGAACGAAAUUGUCGAUCGUAAAGAUUGUGAAUUCGUGUCAUCAUCGAUCGAUUCAAACAAUGAUGAACUUGACACAGAAGGACCCAGUACAGAUCUUAGAAAUUGUGUCUUUGACUUUCUUCAUUGCUCUCCACGAACUCGGAAAUGUACCUUUACGAAUACAAGAGCACAAGGAGAUGCUUGUGUGGAUCGAUAUUCGUGUGUGGGGUCGAUUCAAAAAGUCACUACCAAUUGCUAUGAAGGAAAAUGUACAACCAUGAAGGCAAAUCCUUCUCUCCCGGUUGGCGCUCCAUGUUUUCCUUUUGUGACAAGUGACAGUGGUGUCUCCUCAAUGACAGAUAUGACAUCUGAGAGUCGCUCUUUUAUUCAUGUUUUGAAUAAUACGUAUGAUACUUGUGUUCAGAAUGCUAUUUGUACCUUAUCAAAUGGAACUCAUUAUCAUUGCAUUCGAUUACAAACAAAACGUGCUGUGAUUUCUGAAACGUGUGGAGAAUCUCAAAAAUUCUCCAACGUUCAAGAUAUGAGUUACAAAAUGUGUCAAAGUGGCACUUCUUGUGAACCACUCCAACAACAGCAACAACAACAAACAUCUCCAUUUUCAAGAAUCGCUACCACUGCCACAACCUCCAUUUCGAAAAAAGUGUGUAUUCCUUAUUUGCUAACCAAUGAUUUUUCCGACCGUUUUCGAUUUCCUUUCAAUUCAUUGUUAAUGCAGCAAGAAUGUCCGUUGAAUUACAAAAUGACUUCUACCUAUAUGGGUGAAAGAAACCUGUGUGUGAAAAAUGGAAGUGAAAUUUGUUUAAAUGACAACACUUGUGGUGGCUUUGACUCGUUGAACAUAAAAGCGAGUUAUUCCUUUAAAAGUGUUCCUUAUCCUUCGUAUUUUAGACAACAUUUCAUGAAUAAGUUCACUAAAUGUGAUGAUCAAAAGAAGAAGUGCAUUCGAAUAUUUGGAAAGGAAAAUGGAGUUUCAUGUGGCGAUCAUUCAGAAUGUCGUUCAACGUAUUGUAACGCAGCAAACGGUAUUUGUUCUGAAUUGCCAAAGGAAGUACCUUGUGGGCCAAGUGUCACAAAUCCAUCCAUUUCGAAAUGUCCUGGAUAUUCGCAUUGUGUUUGUGCCAACUCCACUCAAGGAGUUUGUGUGAAUUUAUGUUUUGCAGAAUUGUCAGAUUUACACACAUGUGGCUAUAAUUACGGAAUAUUUGGAGAACACAGUCCAAUUUCAAAAAUGGAACAAUCCCUAAUCCCAUUCAUAGAUCAGGCAUCUUCUUUAUUCUCUCUUGAAAAUGGAAAAUGCAAAGAUUACUUGAACAAUUAUUAUGAAUGUAUGAAAUCUGUUCAACAAUCAUUGAAUUUAGAGACACUUUCACUCUCAAAUAUCAGCCAUUCAAUAUCACCAUCUGCUCCUGAAGUGAACGAUCGAGUGUUUAAUGAUCUUUACAAAGCAUAUAGUAGUGUUUCACCGCCCCUCAUUUCUGUUCAAAUGAAUGAAAGCUACAAACCUGCAACUCCACUCGAACCCAUUCAACUUAAUAUUGUAGACAUGUUGAAAGAUUACUCUUCAUUGAUGAAAAAAUCGAACUUUUACAAGAAUGUCAAAGUAUCGAAUCAAGUGGUGAUUCUCACAAUGGAACGAAUGGUUGGAUUAAUUCCUCGAUACAAAUCUAAAACUAUUGAUUUCAGUAAUAUUAACGCCUGUGGCUGUUGUACUUCGAACAUGACAGAAUACCUGGAGGCGUCUAUUGAGGGAGGAAUUUUAUUGAUCUCUCAAUCCAGAAAUUCAUCCUUGUAUUUGAAUACUGUGGAUUUGAGUAUCAAAAUUACAGGAUUUGAAUCCAUUAUGGGACAUGAUUCGUUUUUAAAUCGAAAUUGGUUUGAACAAUGUGACGUCAUUUUGGCUCCUCCUCAAGAUAUCGAUCUUAUUACUCUCUCCAUCAAAAAUAACAUGUUGAUAUUGGAUCAAAAUUCAACCACAGGUGCAUAUUCCAUUCAAGAGCUUGAACAAAAAGCCAUGUCAGAUUUAUUCAUGGUUUUCACAUCAAAUGUACCAUCAAAAGUAUUGACCAUUCCAAGAGAUGUGAGAAAUGCAGCCAUGAUCAAUUCACAAUUAUUGGACAAGGUGUUGACGGCAGUCGGCUCUGUCAUGAUUCAAAAUUACAAUAAUUUCAUGCAAUUGAUGAACAACAACACUAAUUUCACAGAUUGUUCCAUGUUCAAUUCCACAUUUACUGUGAAGGACUAUCACACAACAAUUUUCUCUUAUCCACUCGUUUUUGAUUUUAACUAUCCAAUGCCCAUUUCUUCAUCAUCGUUUAUUAUUGAAUAUGAUUCGUGGUUGGCAAUGAAUAUCACGAACCAAUAUGGACUUUUCUCACAAAAUGCACUUUCCAUGAUGGACAAACUUGUAGAUCCCAAUUGUUACAGUAGUUACAACUCGUAUUUGGGUGUUUUUCACUACAAUGACGUUUCUCAAUUUUGGGAUUUGGUUUUGAAAGAUUUCAUGUUGUGGACGGUUAUUGUGUCUUGUUUGUUCUUUUAUGUGUUCUUAAUUGGCAUGUUUAGAAAGAAUAUAGCCAUGCAAAGAAGAUUAUUUGGACCAUAUAUUGCACCAUUCUGCAUCCUAAUUAUUAGCUUAAUGUACAUUGAGCCCAUAUUAAUGUCACUUUUCAAAAAUGUUGGAAAGAAUAUCAUUCCUCUCAUUCCCAUUCCAAACUUUUUCAUGUCCCUUCUGAGUGCUUCCUAUAUUGUUAUUUCCAUUCGAUUUUAUUAUUUGAGAAAUCUCUAUCAAAUUCUAAAACAUUUUCAUGUCAGCAUGACUAUUUUGAGGAUUUUAAAACGAUUGGCUCAUCCUUUCAUCAUUUUUCUGAUCGUCAUGUUCACAGCAAUGAUUAUGUUUGCAAUUUGGUUUGGAAUCUUUUAUGGAGUUUUACAUAAUAUCAUUAUUGAGAAAUUUGGUAGAUUUGAAUGGACACUUCAAUUUGAUGCUUCCUUAUUGGCGUUAACCACUCAAUUUGGAUUUUUGAGUUUAAUUUCCAUCCUUUGUUUGGUAUAUGAUGGUAUUUCUAAUAGGAGAAAGAUUAGAAAACAUGGAUUUAGUUAUUAUUACAUGUUUGACGAUCCAUUUCAUUUGAGAGUGGAUAUUAUUUCACAACUCAUGAUACUAUUGACGUCAAUUCUCGUCGUGUUGGAUAUUUUUGUUUGGAAGACUCUUGUCAUCAACAGAAUUGGAAUUGCAUUAUUCUUUCUUUGUUCUCUAAUGAUUUUUGGAGGAAAUAUCAUGCUUCUUGAAAUUGUUUCAUUGUUGAAAAACAAGAAAUGGAUGAAAACCGCAUGCUGUUAUGAACCAGGUCCAGAGGAAGUCACAGAUAUAGAAAAAGAAUGGUAUGAACACAUGAAGGACAUAAAUUUCAGAGAAUUACAAGAGGCAUUUGCAAUCAACUUCCAUUCCGCAGAAAAUCUAUACUUUUAUGAAUUAUUAGAAAAACUUGAAAAGAAACACCAAAUCACAUUCAAUGAUUUCCAACAAUUAGGAAACAUCAUUGAUUGUGUCAAUCUUUCUGCCGACUCUCAAAAUUUAUAUCAACAACUGGCCACACAUUUAACCAAUAAUCCAAAUGAAACAAUUCCCUUCCAUCAAUUAGAACCAAUCAAAAUUGAAGUGGUGGUCCAAAACAUUCUUCCAUCCAUUUUCAUGCCACUCAAACAUAAAAAGGAAUAUUUGAAAUGGAAACAUGUGACCUUAUUGCAGAAGGAAGCAAGUGUGGUAGAUGUCAAGAGUUUUGAAUGUUGA